AUGGAACUGGAUCACGACGUGCAAAUGGAAGAUGUCGGCGACGACCUGGUGCUCGGCAUGAACGACGACAUUCAUGGAGGCGGGUUCCCCAAUAUGUCCAUCAUCAACCGUACCCCCCCAGGUGGUGAACUCACAUCCCAAUUACUUAACCAACUCGACGCCUGGAUUGAGUCACUCAGCCAGUGCCAUCCACUUUGUGAAGAAGACGUUGAAACUCUUUGUAACAUGGCUAAAGAAUUGCUGCAAUAUGAAGAAAAUGUACAGCCCGUCAAUGCCCCCGUGACAAUUUGUGGUGACGUUCACGGCCAGUUUCAUGAUCUUAUCGAGCUCUUCAAAAUUGGAGGACCUUGUCCAGAUACCAACUACCUAUUUAUGGGCGACUAUGUCGACCGUGGCUACUACUCUGUGGAGACUGUGUCUUACUUAGUCGCCCUCAAGGUUAGAUACCCUAAUCGUAUCACUAUAUUACGCGGUAACCACGAAUCGCGUCAAAUUACACAAGUCUAUGGCUUCUAUGACGAAUGUCUACGAAAAUAUGGCAAUGCUAAUGUUUGGAAAAUGUUUACAGACCUUUUUGAUUUUUUCCCCAUCACAGCUCUCGUCGAAAACAAAAUCUUUUGUCUCCAUGGAGGUCUCUCGCCUAAUAUUGAGACCAUUGACAAUAUCCGUGACCUCAAUCGGUUCCAAGAAGUCCCCCACGAUGGACCCAUGUGUGACCUGCUCUGGUCUGACCCCGACGAGCGGGUCUCGUGGGGUGUGUCGCCCAGAGGUGCUGGCUUCACCUUUGGCCAAGACAUUUCUCAACACUUUAACCAUACAAAUGACCUUCAGUUAAUAUCCCGCGCCCACCAGCUUAUCAUGGAGGGUUAUGCCUGGGCUCACGAACAACAAGUCGUCACUAUUUUUUCAGCACCAAACUACUGCUACCGCUGCGGCAACCAGGCUGCCAUCAUGAGCGUCGAUGAGGACCUGGGAACUGUUUUCCUUCAGUAUGACCCUAGUCCUAGGCCAGGCGAGCCCUCAGUCUCUCGCAAAACGCCUGAUUACUUUUUGUAG